GCGCACACACGUAUUCCCACAGACUCGCACACACAUACACGCGGAGUAGCUGCAUGUUGGAGCAAACGUCCGUACUCGCUCUCUCUGCUGUUCCCCGGUUACCGAAAAGCGGCUGUUUGAUUUCGCAGUCUGCGGCGAGCCUCGUCGUGACUUUGAGUUUGGAAGCGGCUGAAGGAGGGAGUGAAGGGGGGGUGGAGGAAUAAGGCACCCCUGACGGCACUUUCUUCCUCUCUUUCCCCCCCAUAUCAUCUUCUUCUGACUUCUCAUCUGUCCAGGUGGUGCCCUCCUGUCAGAAGCACACACUCCCUCUGAGACAUGGUUGACAGUGGGAGACGGAAGGGGCGAGAGAGAGUGCGGGAGUGACGGAGAUCCAGACAAACACUCACAGAGAGAAGGAGGCAGACGGCCAUCUGUGGUCGGUCCCCUGCUAUUCUGCAGCUGUGUUGGAGUCGGCUAACAGCUUUCAGCUUCUUCAGGACUCAAAAAAAAAAAAAAGAACAGAGCGAGAUAAGGAGGUUCUUCCUACGUCUCAUUGUGGAUGAGCCCAGGCUGGAGCAAUGUUAAGGCCUCGCUGGCCUUGGAUUAAGCCCCUGGGGCUGCUUUUGUGGAGGGAUGGGUGAUACCCCAGCUGGAUCUUCCGCUGUCGCCAUCCUCCACGGCUAUCAUUAGUGGCUAAUGAGCUUCUGCUAGAGAGGAAACGGAGAAGGUGCCUGUGGAGAAAGGACGAACCUUACAGCUGUUAUUAAGAGGCCCAGAGAUCUCCAACAAGGAAUGCUUUGCCUCUGCAUGAGAGUGGAACCCUUUCAAGUUUUUUAAGGUGCAAGCAUGAAAGAAUAUCAACUUUGGAAGUCAUAGUUGUAGACAUUUCUUUUCAGGUGUUGUUGGCAGAUGAUUUUUGUUUGUUUUUGCUACAGCAUUGUAUGUCUUUGAAAAUUGUCACCAUGCGGUUUUCAGCAAGAUGAUUCACUAUUUGGACAUAAACAGUUUUUCCCUCUCAAGUGAAGGAGUUUAAACAAAACACUCUAAUCUAUUAGGAUUUUUUUUUUUUUUUUUAUCUUGCUUUUGUUUUACGCUUUUUCCACUAUUAUUUUGGCCUUCCUAUGUCCUGAAACACAUUGGUCACCAUGGCAGCAGCCUAUCGCGUAGUGGUGAGCAGUGUGAGCUGCUACAACAGUGUUGUAGUGGACAGGCGUACUCACUCCCAUGCUGUGCACUACUGCUCGGGGCCAUGUGGGGCGCUGUCGCAGGGUCUAGACUGUACUGUCGCGCACCGCGGCACCUGCUCCGAGCUGCUUGUUGCCCCUGACCCUGUAUACAUUGACACAAACAGCUCACCCAUACACUCCCGUAACAUGAUCACUCAGCAACUUCAUAACCAUGGUAAAAUUAGUGUUACCAUGGAUACUAGUUAUAAUGGUGGUCUUGAGAGGGCGGGCAGCAGUGGUAAUUUGUCGUUAGGGGAGGACAGCCCCACGUGGCGAGGUAAAAAGACCCCAAGUUGCGCAGGAUCGACUGGGAACCUUAGCUCCUCUGGCAGUCUAAAGGACAUAACCGAAGAGGCCAUCAACCUGGCCAGUGGUAAGCUCAAAGAGUUUUCUUUUGACAAGCUCCGCCUCUCUUCAUCCAGCCACGUCACCUUCCGGAAAGGUCGUAAGGUCCGUCCUGAUUCUUUCAGCCGACGAUCCACUGACCUGGAGAUUAUCUAUGGCCACUUCAGCUCUAACAUCACCACUAAUGGAACAGCUAAUGGCAUGACAAAUGGCACGGCUCCUUCUAAUGAUGAGAACAUGCCGCCAUUUGCACUAGGGAAAGGGGCAGGCCAGGAGGAGACAAAGCUAAAGAGCAACUCAGGCAGCUUGUCAACCACCACCAAAGUAGGCGGUGGCUCAGCAAGCAGCCUUACGAGUAUUGGGUCAUUAGACCAAAGUCUGAACACAGUGGCCUCCCUGUACCUCAACACCCUGGGAGAGGAGAAUCUCAUUGCCCGUCUGCUGGAGAAAACACGAACAGAGGCGGGCCCUGGGGGAGCAGGUGGGGAGGACAUCCGUGCCUGCCUUGACAUCCUGCUUAAAUGUUCUGAGGACCUAAAGAAAUGCACUGACAUCAUCAAGCAGUGCAUCAGACGCAAAGCAGGUGGAGGGCCAGAGGAUGGAGGAGCCAGUCCUGACAGCGUAUAUCGGGCCGUGAUGACCCGACUCAGCUCCUAUCUGAAAAGACUGCCUCUGGAGCUGGAGGGGGUUGGAGGUUUAGGAGGCAGUGGGCAGGGAGGUCAGGGUGCGCCUGGAAGUGGGCACAGUGAUUUGGCUGAGUUGGUCAACACCCUUCACUCCAUCCAACAGGGACCUUAUUCUCCAAUAUUUGGCAAUGAGCAACCCCCUCGCUAUGAGGAUGUGGUGCAGUCACCUCCCAUCCCAAAGACUGUUCCUCAUUCUGCAUCUUCUACUCCCUCCUCCAUUUCAUCUUCCUCCUCAUCUUCUUUGAAAUCAGACUCCAUCCAUACCAAACCAGUUCAAAGCUCCCCAUCCAGAACCAGUUCCCUUACCAAUGGACUACAGCAUCCAUUGCAUUCUUCUUCUAUCACACAACACACACUCUCUCCACCAUCUGUCACCUGCUCUCCAUCCAGCUCCUCUCCAACACAGUCUCCUUCCCCUCUUCGUACUUCCCCGACCCCACCACACACACACACUCCUCCAGCGUCCCCCAUGGAGGCUCUUUAUAUUGAGGAGGAGGAAGCAGAUAUGGGCAAGACACCAGAACAAAUCUCACAACAGACACUCACUCCAGCCAGAGGGGUAAACACUGUUCAGAACAAAAAUGGGACUGUGUUAAGUCAGCACAUGCACCUAUCCCAACCACACACACUCUAUAACUCCUCAAACACUUUGCCAGUCAGCACAAGCUUCGGUCCCACUUGGCCUUCCUCUGCCUCGCUAACAGUCUCGGCACCCAAAGCUGUCUCACACAGGAAUGAUGACAUUGACAAGCUUCUGAUGGACUUGGAGAAUCUGUCUCAGAGUAUGAGCCACCCUAGAAACACUGAACCUCCACUUCCAGCCAAGACCAGGAAAAGGGAGGGGGGCCAGGGAAUCACCUCCAGUGAUGCCCUCACUCAGCCCAAAAUAAACCAAUUCCAAGUCCAGAAGCCAGCUAGCCAGUUAGCCAUGAACGGCCCUAGCUCCAGGACUCCCAUGAGUCUCACUCCCCCCCAGGGAGAGAACUGUGAAGCUUUGGUAGGAGAGGAGGAGGAUGGGGCCCUUUUGCUGAGGAUCCUGGAGAGCAUUGAGAGUUUUGCCCAGGAGCUGGUGGAUUCUGGGGCAGGAAGCACAGGGAGUGCUGAGAGGAAAUGUGGCAAGGAGCGGGAGGUGAUGAGGCUCCUGCAGGAUACACUGGCCACCACUGGCAGGGCUGAUACCCCUCUGGAGAGCACAAAUCCACCAGCUGCUGCUCCCACUGCUCCAUCCAUGCACACAAAUGCAGCCCCAGCUGUACCGCCAAAACAUUCUCUGGAUAAUACACUUGCAGUGUCCCCUGCACCGACACCUGUACCUACAACAUCUGAAGCUGUGUGCAAUGCUACAUCUGAACCUGCACCAAAACCUACAUCUGAUGCUGCCCCCAAACCUCUGCCUACACCCACACCUGAGCCUACAGUCAAAGCUACAGAUAAAGUUACAGAUGCUUCUACAGGUGACAUCCCUGCUCCUGUAACAGCAGCACCUGCAAGCGUGCUUUCCUCCACACAUUCAGUUGACCUUACACCUGUGGCUGCACCUGAUGCUCCAGCCUCGGUUGCCAUCCCACCCGCAGUCGCUACAAGAGAUGCUGCCACUGCUGUUGGUGAUCCUGCUGCUGUGAGAGACACUGGUUCAACCCUACUCAUCCAGCAGACUCCAGAGGUGAUCCGGGUCCAGUCCAAACCAGACAAGAAACCAGGCACACCUCCGCCAGCCCCUACUCCUACCCCACCCACACCGGCGCCCACAGCACGCUCACCCAGCCCUCCUCCAACACCGGUGAUAGUUACCCCUCCUGCCCCUGCCAUCAACAUUCCCAGGUUCUACUACCCCCGUGGGCUCCCUGCCCUGGGCCCAGCUGCCAACCACGACACAGCCAUCGCUGCCAUCGAGACCGCCUUCACUGAGUUUGAGGAGGAGAAGGCUGACAUAUAUGAAAUGGGCAAGAUUGCAAAGGCAUGCGGUUGUCCACUUUACUGGAAGGCCCCCAUGUUCUACGCAGCAGGUGGCGAGAGGACGGGCUUUGUCUCUGUUCACUCCUUCAUUGCAACCUGGAGGAAGUUGUUGCACAGUUGCCACGAUGAUGCAUCAAGGUUUAUUUACCUGCUAGCCAAACCCGGCUGUAACUACCUGGAGCAGGAGGAUUUCAUUCCUCUACUGCAGGACAUAGUGGAUACACACCCUGGGCUCACAUUUCUGAAAGAUGCACCCGAAUUCCAUUCCCGCUACAUCACAACGGUGAUCCAGCGGAUAUACUACGUUGUGAACCGUUCGUGGACAGGUCGUAUCACCAUGGUGGAGCUGCGCAGGAGCAACUUCUUACAGACCCUGGCCCUGCUGGAGGAGGAGGACGACAUCAACCAGAUCACUGACUACUUCUCAUACGAGCAUUUCUAUGUCAUCUACUGCAAGUUUUGGGAGCUUGACACAGACCAUGACCUCUACAUUGACCCCAAAGACCUGGCGAGAUACAACGACCAUGCAUCCUCAAACAGAAUCAUUGAGAGAUUGUUUUCAGGGGCCGUCACUCGGGGUAAUGCGGUGCAGAGAGAAGGCAGGAUGAGCUAUGCCGAGUUUGUCUGGUUCCUCGUAUCUGAGGAAGACAAGAAAAAUCCCACCAGUAUUGAGUACUGGUUCCGGUGUAUGGACGUAGAUGGCGAUGGUGUCCUCUCCAUGUUUGAGCUGGAAUAUUUCUAUGAGGAACAGUGUGAGAGGAUGGAAAGGAUGGGCAUUGAACCACUGCCCUUCCAGGAUUUGCUGUGCCAGAUGCUGGACCUGGUAAAACCUGAGAACCCAGGUAAGAUAACCCUGAGUGAUCUGAAACGCUGCCGGAUGGCCCAUAUAUUCUUUGACACCUUCUUCAACUUGGAGAAAUACCUGGACCAUGAACAGAGAGACCCCUUUGCUGUGCAAAAGGACAUUGAUAGUGAAGGUCCGGAACCAUCUGACUGGGAUAAAUAUGCCUCAGAGGAGUAUGAGAUACUGGUGGCGGAAGAGACUGCAAAUGAACAGCUACACGAGGGGUCAUUUGAUGAUGACUAUGAAUCUGAGGAGCUUCAAGUCCCUGGAGAAAUUGGGAAUAAAAUAGAAAAACUGGUCAUAUCAGACCUGUCAGCAUAAAACUCUGUCCCUGGAAUUCCUGGGCCUUUCAUCCUGGAAAACAGAUGGGAACCAAGUGAAAGGGAGUUCUCUAGGAUGGAUGCAUCAAAAAACACAUGGAUGUAAAGACAGAGGGAGAUUAGGUUUCUGGCAUCCAUCUUAUGAUGACUCUGGAGUCUCUUCAUAAUGGACUCAUCAGUUUUUGUGUGUGUGAUCGUAAACCAGUACUGUUCUGUGUCUGGUGCAGAAAUGCAUAUGUAUUCAUACAGAAAACAAUGUCACUGCCUCGAGCUUUUCACUCCAUCUGAGAGAACAAAGCCAGCGAUGGAGGGAGAAGUGCUCAAUAAGCUCUAAAAGGAAUCAAGGAUAAAAAGAAUCACUGUAAAAUAAUGUAGUUGCCAUUGUGAAUUCUCUACUGACAAUCCUGCCAGAAGACAAUCACCUGCAUUUUCAGUUGUUGCUGUGCUAAAGGCAGACAGACAGGUAGACUGUGAGUUACACAAACAGACUCUUUGUUGGAGAAACAGAGAUAUGGAAAUAGGUAAUGAUAGUGAUAGGCAUUGCCAUUAAAAACCCACAGUUACAACAGUCAGUUGUUCAAUUAUACCACAUACAGACAGGCACUGCCACCAGAAACCAGCUGCCUGUGCAGCUUGUCACUGUGUUUCUUGUCAAAGAAGUCAUUAAACCUUCAGUCCCUUCAGGGGAGGAAUCACGUAACAGUUUUUUUUUGUUGUUGUUGCGGGGGGGGGGGGGGGGGCUGCAACAGCACCUCUCUGUGGCCAGUCUGUACGACUGCAUGCCAUCACUAUGAUGCAUGGGUCGUAAUGGCUGGCCAGCCUUUCCAAGUGGGAGUUCAGUUCACCGCACAGCCUGAGCUGCUCUAUUCUUAGAGCGGCAUUAUCAGCGCUCCACCUCUGGACUCUCUUUGCAAUCAUUUCUAAACCCUGGAAAAAGUUUCUGACUACAUGGACUGUAAUGUUCCAGCCAGUGAGUUAACUCUCAGUAGGUCACAGUGAGAGAUAUGCACAUAAAAUGAUGCAUGUUGAUAAACAUAUCAAACUCUCUGGUAGAGUUGCCCAUACAUUUCCACCUGUUACAUUUGUAAAAAAAAGAAAAAAAAAAUUAUAUGCACAUAACUGUGAGUUGUUCCUGUCGGUCUCAUGCAUUAAUCCAGAACAUCCUACUGUAUGUUUCUCACAACCUUGUUGAUUGUGUACAGUACCUGGUAAUUACUUUGAUUUGUCCUUGUCAUUUUUCUGCUUAGAAAUCAUUGUUAUAUACCAUUUGAUUCAGAGCUUUCUAAUGUCCAUUCUCCCUGUAACACACAUGCCAAACACACCAUUAAGGAAGCCUCUUAAAGGAUCAGUACAUCCAAAUUAUGAAAAAAAAAAAAUCAUAACUCUAGUGGUGAGAGAGAGCAUAAUGUUUUUGUUGUAUUUGCCCAAGUUUUCAGAUGUGUCU